ANCGCCGAUAACCUAAACACGCUGCACAUGAACCACAAUCAGCUGCGCACGUUGCACAAUUCCAGCUUUCAUGCGCUCAAAGAGCUGCGCGAACUCUCGCUCGCCGACAAUCAGCUGGAGCAGCUGCCGCUUGGCGUAUUCACGCCGCUGCGCAAACUUUUAGACCUCAAUUUGGGCGGCAAUCGUUUGGCUGCGUUUCCGCGUGGCAUUUUCGAUCGCAACUUUAACUUGACGCGCAUCAAUUUGUCGCGCAAUCGCUUCGUGGCCUUCGAAUCGGAGCUCUUCAAGCUGCAGCCGCGCAUCAAGCUGCUGGAUCUCUCCGGCAACGAGCUGCAGGAACUCACGCUCAACUUUGCCGUUCUGGAGAGCGUGCAUGCCAACAACUGCGACAUGCGCAAGCUCACCGUCUACGGCUACAUCUACGAAUUGGAGCUGCGCAACAAUUCGCUGCGCGAGCUGCCACACAUACCGCACGCGGCCAACGUGACUAGUCUGGAUUUGUCGCUCAACCCGCUCGGUACGCUGCAAGGCAAUCCGCUGCGGCGCUACACCGGGUUGCAGCGACUCAACUUGAGUGCCACUGGCAUGCACGAGGUGCCCGAGGACGUGUUCAAGAAGCAGACACAACUAAAGCUGCUGGACAUUUCGGCUAACUCGCUGUACAACCUCAAGUUUGCGCUCUUCAGCAAUUUGAAAUCACUGCAGUAUUUCUACUUCCAGCAGAAUAACUGGAACUGCGACUUCCUGCAGCUGUUGAUGAAUUCGUUUGUGAAGAAACGCGAUAUCUCCUUCAUGGAGGAUGCAACCGAGCCGGAGUUGGUCGACGAUUACGUGGAUGGUGUGGCGUGUUGGUAUGAGAGCAACAAGCCGGCGUCAAAGAAGUGCUCCGGCGAAGGACUCUCGGAGGCCGCCUUGGAGCUGGCCAUUGUGCGCAACGACAUCAAAUCCUUCAUGGAGGUGGUGGAGAAGAAAUUCGUCAAAGUCUACCGCAUGCUAGACGAGCUGAAGAUGCGCUUGUAGCGCCGACGAGGGCAGCGUGAUUGCCUGCAGGAAAUCACCCGACAAUGGACCAUUUGGCUUGAACUUUUGUUAUUCUUACUGGCUUACGUUUUGAUUUUAAUCGCAUUAUUGUUUAUUUAAUCGCAUUUAAUGGAAUAUUCAAAAUACAUAAGUGUAACACGAUUAUCGUUUGUCGCGCAAGAUUUUCACAAUGACCAUAUUUAAUCGCAAUUUAUAAUAACAUAAACUAUAUACGUAUUUUAAUCGCAUUUAAUCGCAUUUAACCGCAUUUAAUCACCAAUACUUGCAUUCCAAAAAUGACAAGGUUUUAACAAUUUACGAAAUAAGUGGCAGAAAAUUAUACAAAUAAGUUUAUGUUUCAAUAAGUAACAGUAUAAAAAUCGAUGCAAUAAAAGUCUAGGUUAAAAA